AUGUUUCGUUGCGUGGCACCUUCUUUCUCUUCGUGCGUUCCUCCAACGCCUUCUUCUUCUUCUCCUCCUCGUCGUGCAUACGAUCAUCAAAAACAUCCUAUUAUACUCCGUCAGUUUAUAGUCGCGAGCGCGGCGCUUACCAUCGCAUCGUUCGGGAACGUCCAAAAAGUGGAAGCUGGAAAUCCUUCCUUCAGUGGCGUCGACCCGGAGCAGAGUGAGCUCAUCCAAAACUUAUUAGCGAAAACGAAAGAGGAUAAAUCCAUGCUGGACCAGAAAAGAUUAGAUAAUUAUUACAACAAGAAGUUUCUCAUCAAUGAAAUCACCGGGAAGGAGAUUCUACCGAACCCUUGCGAUCCGCGAGAUUACGAGUUCGGUGGUCGGUGCAGGACGUUGCCAACCUUGCCACGAUUACCUGGCGAAACACUCCCGGAGUUUCCAGCUAUAAAGAUGAAGCGAAAAGCAGUGAUAGUGGUAAUAGUAACGAGGGAGGAAUAG